AUAACAGCAGCAGCGAUUCCUUGCAAAGUGCAAUUUUCUUUUAGGUCAUUUACAAAUUAUUUCAAAGAGACGAAAAAAUGGCGAACAUUUCUUGUUUUAUAUCCCAGCGAUGGCAAAACAAUUCAUCUCUUUAGAAUAUCAGCAUAUCCAUUGGUGAAUGAAUUCCCGGGCAUAAUUCAUUAGUCUUUGAACUUGUGGUCGAGGAAGAUAUUUCUAUAGAGUGCUUUUGUUUGUAUCGACGGAUGGUGUAAAUGUAGCAAAUUGUAUCGCGUUGGCUAGAAAAUGUCGGUGUUCUUAUGAUGAGACGCUGGUAAUAGGAGAAAACUAUCCUGUAGUCUACCUAAUGGGAUGUGCUCCUAGUAUUCACGUUUCACAAUCAGGAAUUGUUUAUUGUCGUGAAGAUAUAGGCGAUCGGAGUUCAGGAGCAAGGGCUUCAUCUUUAAGUGAAGUAAUCAACCAUAUUCAUUCGGAACAGACAUCAGGACUUUCCACAUCAGUUCGUAAAACACGCAUUUCAAGUUUGGAUAAGGGAUUACCUUCUGUAGACCUACGCAAUAAGAUGGACGCCGCUAAGGAGGAAAAAAACACUAUUACUUUUGGUCCGAUGAAAAUAUUUCAACACCAAAUGUCGAUACUACUGGUAUUUCCACAUGAAGAUCCUCAAUGUAGUGCUUUGCUUUUGGCGGCUCAUCGUGGAUCCUAUCCUAGCAAGUUGUGUACAACAGUGGAGAGUGCCUUAGAGUAUUUUAAUCAUUAUCAUCCUCAGCUUGUCAUCAUUGAUUUAAGAUCUCCUCGAAGCAUAAAUGGAAAAGAAUUAUGCAGAAACAUUUGUGAAAUCGGACAAGUUGAAAAUGCUGUUUUAGUUGGUAUUGUUAAACCAAGCAUUGGUGAAGAUGUACCAUCUGUCUUGCCAUGGCUUGAGAUAGGAUUUAAUCGAGUAUUUAAUGAAAGUCACAAUGUGGGUCAAUGUUUUAAUGAGUUAUUGAUGUUAGAACAUGGAGAGAUAAAGUUGUUGACCAAAAAAAGGGCUGCAGCAUGUCUUCUUAUUGCUGCAGAAAACUGCAGUGAUUCUAUCGAAAUAGCUAGUUUUGAUACCGAAAGAGGAGAUUGUGUUUUACAGUAUGCCAAUCAUGCAUUUGAAAGAAAUACUGGUUAUUCACGAAAGGAAAUGAUUGGCAGGGCAACUAGACUAGGGCCUUAUCCUAGUAAUUGUAAAGAUCCUAGUUCUGGUUUAGAUGAGCAAAGCCGUAUACAGCUAGAAAAUGGAAAGAGCAAGGAAUGGAAGGAGUAUAUUAGCCAUAAAAAGAAUGGAGAAGCAUUUAAGCAAAAUUUAAAAAUCAUUCCUAUUCUUGGUCAAGAAGGAAAAAUUACAAACCUUGUGGCUGUUAAACAGGAGGUGAAAGGAAAUACAAUUAAUAAUAAUAUGAACAAGAAUCGAGAAAGUCGAGUUGACAAAGAUGGCAUUAUCUUCAACUCAUCUCCUCGACCAUCUAUUUCAUCUACCAAACUGGAACCAUAUAUGACUAUAGUGAUUAAUAUGAUUAAUUCUGCAAAAGAAGGCAGUUUACCUAAUGUUGCAGCAAAAUUAUCCAGAGCUAUUGAAAUACUGCAGACAAAAGAACUCUAUUCAAUUGGAAAUGAGACACUAGAUGAUGAUGUAUCACCUUAUGAAGGCUUAGUUGCAAAUCGCAGACCCUCUGGUGGGGCACUGGUCACAGGCCAUCGGUCUGAUUCAGCACAUUUUCCUGGUCAUAACACUUUACUUCAUCUCACGGAAGCUCCGGCCGAGAUUCUUGAAGCUCUUGAAGGAGAGUCGUUAUGGGACUACAACAUUAUUGAGCUGGAACGAUUAACAAACCAAAAACCAUUAUUCUAUUUGGGAAUGGUGAUAUUCAGUCGUUUUAAUGCUCAACAAUUCCUGCAAAUAUCGAAAGAUUGUCUAAUGAAUUGGCUCCGUAUGAUUGAGUCGAACUACCAUGAACGUAAUACAUAUCAUAAUUCAACACAUGCUGCUGAUGUCCUUCAUUCAACGGCCUAUUUCUUAAUGAAGGAAAGAGUCAAGAACACUCUCGAGCCAAUGGACGAAAUAGCUGCAUUAAUUGCUGCGACAGUUCACGAUAUAGAUCAUCCUGGUUUUACAAACUCCUUUCUAUGUAACGCUUCAGACCGUUUGGCUGUCUUGUAUAACGAUAUCGCGGUGUUAGAAAGUCACCACGCGGCUCUGUCGUUUCAAAAAACUAGAGAAUAUGACUCAUCGAACAUUUUUCGAGGACUGAGACCGGAUGAUUAUCGUGCUUUGCGCCAGAGUAUUAUUGAUAUGGUAAUGGCCACCGAGAUGACACGACAUUUUGAACAUCUCUCAAAGUUUGUAAACAGUAUUAAUAAAAGAAGAACGUCUAGUAUUGGAGAAGUGACACCAGUGGGUGGCCGGGCAACACCAGAAUCUUCGUCAUCUUCACUGCAAACUCCUGAAAACAGAACAUUAAUAAAAAGAAUGUUGAUUAAAUGCGCUGAUAUAUCUAACCCUGCACGUCCGCGUCCCCUAUGCGAGACCUGGGCACGACGGAUAGCUGAGGAAUACUUUCAUCAAACAGAGGAAGAAAAAAAGCUUGGAUUACCAGUUGUAAUGCCAGUCUUUGAUCGCCUUAGUUGUAAUGUACCAAGAUCUCAAGUUUGGUUCAUCGACUAUUUCGUCAGUGAUCUAUACGAUGCUUGGGAUGCCUUUGCGCAUGUGCCAGAGACCAUACGUCACCUGACAAAUAAUUAUGAAUAUUGGAAGCAAAAGGCGGAGGAGCAGGAUGAUCUAGUGCGUCAAAACAAGAUUACAUUUCCUGCUUCUCAAUGAAACAAUGUUUUUUAGAAUUGUCAUUCUAGAAUAAAUAAAUAAAUACAAAUGUACAUACUGUUUGGCCUCGCCUCCCUUACUAGCAAUAGUAAAGAGUAUAAAUAUAUGUUAAAUAUCAUAUAUAUAAAUAUAAAUAUGGAAAUAUAUAUAAAGUGCUCUUCUUUUUGAAAUCAUGAAAACUAAUAAAUUAAACGAGCUUCUGAAUGUCA